AGAUCUGAAAGUAUAUGUGAAAACAGUCACAUGGUUUAACAAGAAAAAAAAGAGCAAGAGGAGGAGGAAGUGUGGACCGGAUGACAGCAUGCUUACCUGCCAGACUUUAUUCUCCCCAAUGAGUUCACCUGACGCUUCUGAGGAUUUGGGCACCUGUUGGAGAAUCUGACCGGCCGGUGGACAUGACACAGAACGGCACUGUAGCCGGUAAUGGCACACACGCUGAUGCGCUCAAAAUCGUGAUCGUCGGGGAUGGAGGAUGCGGGAAAACAUCCUUACUUAUGGUGUACGCCAAAGGAGACUUUCCUGAGAAAUAUGCUCCAUCUGUGUUCGACAAAUAUGUCACCACCGUGUCAUACGGAGGGAAGGACAUCCAGCUGAAUCUCUACGAUACAGCAGGCCAGGAGGACUACGAUCGCUUGAGGCCUCUGUCGUAUCAGGACGUAAACAUUGUUCUCAUCUGCUACGAUGUGACCAAUCCAACGUCAUUCGACAAUGUCAAGAUAAAGUGGUACCCAGAAGUUCGUCAUUUCUGCCGUGACGCCCCUAUUAUACUGAUAGGCUGCAAGACGGACCUGCGAAAGGACAAGGAGAAGAUGAGGAGGCUCAAAGCUUUAGAUCAGGCGCCCAUCACCUACCUCCUGGGUGAACAGACGCAAAAGGAAAUGAACGCUGAGAUUUACUUGGAGUGUUCGGCUAAAUAUAGAGAAAACGUCGAGGACAUUUUCAGAGAAGCAACAAAGCGAGCGCUAGCAGCCAGAGCUAAAGCCAGACAUCGCAGCAAGAAGAAGAAACACUGCACAGUUUUGUGACCUUUCCUGGAAGACAUGCAUACAUUUUGUAUAUUCAAACUAUGAUAUGUUAUAAACAUUCAGGAAUCAUCUGCAGAGCUUCCGGGAAUGUUUAAGACUUCUUGAAGGAAUAUUUUCAAGACACUGAGUGCGUGUUUUCAAUCUACCCACCUAGCAAGACAUACUGUUUGACAGAGAUCACCACUGUGUGCACGAGAUAUGUUUGUUACGAUCCACUCCACAUAUUUUUCUGGUGGUGGUUUCCUCAUUUGACUUAAUGGAGUUUUAUCUUCCAUGUUGAUCAUGGAGAUGAAAAAACUGCUGCUGAUGUCUCAGGGAUGGCCAAACGCAUAUUAGAUGGUCGUAUUGUAAGUUUGGUUAUAAUUGGUGUGAUUUAUAAUGCACACCGCUAUUAUUAUGCACUUGGUGUAACAUGUUUCUGCAGUAUAAGUCAUGCACCAAAGUAUUUAACGUUAAUUGUUGAGUUAAGACCUGUUCACACCAAGAACUAUAACUAUACUGUCAACAACAAAGUUUUAAAAUUUGGUAUUUACGUCACUGAUUAAUGCCAGCAGACCAUGCCAGAAUAUGCAUCUUAUUUUUGUAGUGUGUAUGCUAUUUGAUUUGAAAGACCACAUAAAAUUGUACGUAACAAUU